AAAUGCUUCAAAUAUAGCACUAAAUACCACCAGAAAUAAAUAGAAUAAGAUAAUUGGUAAUAAGAUAAAAUAAAUAUUAGAUAUGUAGAGCAGGUGAUGAUGGAGCAGAUACAUUUAAGAAGGAUUUAUAAAAGAUAGUAGAUGUUUUAGGGGAAUAUUAUUAAUAAAAUAAAUAGGAAGUCAAAGAUGCAAUGAUAUAAUCAUUUAUUUAAUGUGCAAAAUUGUUACCACUUAAAUCUGGGAUAUAUGCUACCAUACUUGCACUUUUAUCUACUAAAUAAGUAAUUAUUAAUGAAGUCAAUAUUUUAAUUAGACUACAUAAUCCUUGACUGACUCAAUUAUAAUAGGUUUGCUUGAACAUCUUCCUUAAAUAGCCUAAGAAGAAACACCUAUAUUAGGAUAAACUAUACUAAAGUUUCUAAGUGAAUUAAUGAAUGUUGGUUUAAUCAGUACUGUGAGUUUUGUAGAAUGUUUAUAUGAUUUAGAAGGAGGUGCUGAAAAUGAAUAAUCACCAUUCUAUUUAUAAAUAUUAUUAACUACACUUCCUCAUGCUAUGAUUAAAGCUAUGGAAAAGAAUCAAAUUGAAUUCAAAAAUAUUAUUUAGAAUGUUGAAGUUUUAAUGACUAAAAGAAAAACUGAAGAUAGAUUAUAUCAUCUUUGGUAAUCUAUAAGAAACUUCUUAAAUAAUUAAGAAAAAGAUGCUCAUACAUAAAUAUUUUAAUAAUUUUUAAAAUCUUCAUAUCCAAGACCAUAUUUAUUAUUUCCAGAUGAAAUGACAUAGGUUAGAUAAUAAAGAAAAGGUUUUAAGAUUCCUAUUGUAAAAAGAACAUAAAUUUGGAGACCUUAAUAAAUAUUAGUUUUGAAUGAUGAAUUAAGAUCUCAAAAUAAUAAUAAAACUGAUGUUUAAAUUGAAAUUACUAGAUAAUGGAUCUAUGAAACAAUCGAAUUAUUUAAGACUAAUAGAUAAUAAAUCAUAUUCCAAUUUUAAUUGUACUAAAGUUGUAUCAAAAUGUCUCCUUCUUAAGAGUAUUUUAUAUUAUUAUGAAUAGAGCCUAAUUUAAGUAAACAUUAAUAUUUACUCUAUUAAAUAUGGCCAUUGAAGUUAUACCAAGAAAAGAUUAAUUAUCCACUGCUUUUUAUAGUGGACUCCUUACUCAUUUAAGUUAAAGAAAUUCAGAUAGUAUGAAAGAAUGGAAUGAAACUAUUGAAUAGUUUGUUGAUUAAAUACCAUAGAAUAAUAUCUUGAUUGUUGAAUAAUUAAGUGAUUGCUUAUCACAUUAUUUCUGUAAUUCAAAUUUUAAAUUAAAUUGGGAUAAAUACUUUGGAAAAUUUAAUUCAGAUGAAACAGAUAGUUUUAAUAAUUAUCUAGUCAUUAUGAUUUUUAGAAAAUUAUUCCUAUUAGUCAACAUUGAAAAAAUCACAGAUCUAGUCCCUAAAAAUAUUAUUGAUUGGUAUAAUUCAUUAUAAGAUAUCACUAAACCUUUGGAUUUUGAAUAGAAUUGUUUAGCAGAAAAAAUUAAUUUAUAUCUUUCAUAAAAACUUAAUGGAAUGGAAAUGUUAGAAUAAUUAAAAUAAUUCAAUAAUUACACUCCAGAUAUUAUUAUCUAAACAUUUUUAGAAUGUUUAUUAUAAAUUAUAUCUAGAUCUAUUACUCAUUUAAAUGUCUUAAGUAAAAGAUACCUAUCUUUCCUCUUAUAACCAAAUAUAGUCAAACCUGAAAAAUUAGGAUAAAUUAUGUUAAAUACAAUAUUUAGAAUGUGGAAUCAUUCAAUAUUUCAUCUAAAGGUUUAUUUAAAAGAAUUUUUGAAUUUGGAAGUAUUUAGUAAUUUACAAAUAAUCAAUUGGUUGGGUGAAAUUAUUAAAUAGAAAUCAGAUGUAAUUCUAUAUAAAUAUAAAGCCAUUUAAAAUCUAUAAUGUUUUAAUUGCAAUCAAUGAUGUAUUCAGAAAGUAGACAAAGCUAGAUUAAGUUCAAGAUUACACCUAUGAGAAUGUUAGAGAUAUUAAUAACUUAUUGAAUAACAUGAUUGAUUAAGAACAAGGUUAAUAUUUUAUUAGAAUAUUUUUAGAUAUCAUAAUAUAAUCUAGUUUAGAGAAUAUCUAAUUAUAAAUAUUGAUUGCAUUUAAGUCAACAAAUUAGGUUCAAUCAGAAAAAUUAUUAAAAGAAAUAAAAUCAACUAAUAUAAAAUAAAUUAUUAUGUCCUUUUGA